UUCGUUUCAAAUGAAACCGUUCAAUCAACCGACGAAAUAUAAUAAUAGUGUCUCCGUCUGGUGCCUCCAAUGGUGGUUGCUUUUGCUCGGUGGACGAAGGGGGAGAGGCAGUAGAGUUGCGUGGCGGAGGAGGAGAAGGGAAGGAUAUAAGAUCGCGAGGAAGCCGCUUCCUUUAUCAUUGGAUCCAUAGGGAGAAGAGAAAGAUAUGGGUUCCUUGGGGGCGAUGCCGGUGGCGGAGGUGAAGAAGGUACCGGCGGCGGGGACGCAGGAGGAGGAGGAGGCCGUGGGUGGAGAGGUGGCUGCGGUGCUGGACUUCGACAUGCUGUGCGCCACCGUGGCGCUGCAGACGCAGGGGAUGUCCGUGGGAAGGAGCCGCCGGAUAGAGGCGGUGGCGGAGGAGGGGGACGAAGAUGAGGGGAUGGAGUUCGGUGGCGUGCAGCGGAUGUGGGAGGGCGACGUCACGGAUUGCUUCGAUGACCGGCGCAUCGCCAUUGAAGCCGCAUGUUGCCCAUGCUAUAGAUUUGGGAUGAACAUGCGAAGGGCCAACCUAGGGUCUUGCUUUCUUCAGGCAACAGUACAUUCUAUCUUUAUAGUUGCUGCCUUGUUCAGUUUCAUUGCCUUUGGUAUUACGAACCGGCAUUGCUUCUUGUACAUGGCAAUUGCUUCUACCAUCUCAUCCGGGUUGUAUUUGGGUCAUUUUCGUACUAGAUUAAAGAAGCAGUUUAAUAUAAGAGGAAGUCACAGUCUCCUGGAUUGUAUUAAUCAUCUCAUUUGCCCUUGUUGCACAUUAUGCCAGGAAUCGCGGACGUUGGAAAUGAACAAUGUCCAGGAUGGCGUAUGGCACGGUCGGGGUGACACAAUAUGCCUAGCUACUGGUGGUGAAGGAAGCAAGGCCUUCACAGCUCUCCACAAGCCUCCUUUGUUUGCAACCAGAAUUCCAGAUCUUUGUAGCAUGGAAAGAGCAUCAAAUGGUAGUGAGCACUCUUGGAAUGCAGACACGAGCCAUUCCAAGUCUCUAGUCCUAUCGGAUCAAUUAGGACAGCAUAAUUGAAGUCAUGGUAAUAGAUCAGUGUUUGGCUUGGGAAGGAAGUCGCAGAUAGAUGACUGUGAUAUCGAAAAUUUUCAUGAUCCAUCUCUGGUGCCCUGUGCAGCUCAAUCGUGUAUAUGGAAGAGAUCGAAUGAAUUUGGAAGGGCACAAUCACCCUGUCAAUGCAAUUCCAUUCAAUUAUGAAAAGCUAGAUUUACUGUAAAAAAUAGAAUGAUAUUGAAUUAGGGAAUUUGUGAUCAAAGAAGUAUUUGUAAAUAUGCAAUAAGAUUCUCGUCUAAAAGCCUUUCACAA